CACAUGGAGGCCCCGGAACAGUCAUUGAAGCAACGAAGAACCUCAAAGACUUAGAUCUUGCAAACAGGUGAGGAGCUACGUCUGCGGUACAAUACCUUCAUCGACGCCGUGAAAUACUACACCACAACCACAACAUCACUGUCAGAUGGCUUUGUGAUCCCAUUGCUGGCGAAAAACCAGGGUGGCCGGAUAUGCCGGUGGCCAUCCCAACCACAGUACUCUAUGUACUACUUGAAAGACACUGCUCCGUUUACUCUCUAGGGCUGGGGUCUGAGUGGCGCGGGACUUCUCGCCGGCGUGACCCUGGACAGGGUGGCGGCGAAGGAAGUUUCAGCCGCCCCGUGAAAAAGCGCUACAAGGCAACCAUGGUGGCGGUAAUAUCCGUUCCCUCUCUGUGCCUCGGCCUUGUCGGAUAUAUGGAUCAUGAAGCGGGCAGAAAGCAAGAUUGGCUGAUUGUGAACGCGUAUAUUGGAACGGCUGCUGGGCACGACGCGAGCUGGGGAGGUGCUAUUGCCCGGUGGACCGACGAGUUUGAGAACGCUUUGAUGUAUCUCGGCUUACCAGUGGGCUCAGUUUGUACGCUGGUCAGGUACUAUUGCUUCGCGACCGACUUCAUGCAUGACGCGUUGCUGGGACGGUAAUUGUACUGUGAUCUCUUGGUCCAGGGAAUGGCGGUAUUCUUUUAAUAGCGAUUUUUCGGUGAUGUUUGCCCUGGUAUAAAUGUGUGAUCCGUAUUGGCCGAGCGAUAUGAUGGAGCAGAGGGAUAGUUUUUACUUAGACGCCACCUAAUAUCGUCACGCAGCUA